AUGGCGCUGGACGCGAAGCAGCUGGGAUCGGCUUUCAAUCAGAUUGCAUAUGGCGAGGUCAUGAAGGCGGCGGUGCGGGAUUACGCAAAGGAAUUGGGGGAGCAGGAAAAGGCGCGGGACGAGGGGCCCCGAGCAGUGGACGUGGAUGAUCUGCUGGACGACCCUGAGCUGGAGAAGCUGCACUCGGACCGCAUCGCCGCCAUGAAGCAGGAGGCGGAGCGGAGGGCCGAGCUGGAGCGCAAGGGGCACGGAAGCUACGAGGAAGUGACGACCACGACGGAGAACGUGGUGGUGCACUUUUACCACCGCGAUUUUGAGCGCUGCAAGAUUGUGGACAAGCACCUCGCACUGCUGGCCAAAAAGUGA